AUGUCUUCCGCUCGCGCUGCUUCCCCUUUGACUUCUGGUGCUGAAUCAGGCCCGGACUCCAAGUCCGCUGGCACCGCCUCUGCUGUCUCCUCUGUCAACCGUCCUUCCUCUCCUACCCCCCCUGGUGGUCCCCGGGCUGCUCUGCGUCGCCGCGCGGCUGCAGACCACAAAGAGUCCCUUCGCAAUGCUCGUCCUAGCUCGACUCGCGCCGCGGGUGCCGGUGGCUCUUCCAGCACUAUGCUCAAGCUCUACACAGACGAGAGCCCUGGUCUGAGGGUUGACCCCGUCGUUGUCCUCGUUCUCAGCUUGGGCUUCAUCUUCUCUGUUGUCGGAUUGCAUGUCAUUGCCAAGAUUACCCGCAAAUUCUCCUCGUAA